AGGGGCGACAGCGGCGAGCCCGAGUCCCGCGAUGACGCGCCGCAUUGCUUCUUCGCCCGCAGGCUGGCGCACACCACGCUUCCGGCCAUCAUCCCUGCCCGUCAUCACAGCCGCUUGUGGGCCCGCGAGCAACAAGCACAAGGCUCGCGCUUCGUCUGCACUCCUUGUCUCAACGCCUUUCGCCAGUCAGCGAGACACAGCGCCUGCUGGAGCGCCGACGAUGUACCACGAUCUCUCGCUGAGCUUCCCAGCCAGCGCCUCGUUCCCCGCGGCCUCCUCCUCUCGCUCGGGCCAGGGCGCAGCGGGAGCUGCAGCGAAGGGCAAGGGCAAGGGAAAGGGAAAGGAGAAGGAGCUGCCUGGUGGUGCUGCCUCUGCCGCGCCGGCCGAGCACGAUGCUCUGGCGGCACUCUCGUCUGAGCAGCACCGGCGGCUGCAUGCACUGACUGCGGACAUGGCGGAGCUUGGCUUCUCGACCGUUGCGUUCAACCACGUCGUGAACACGCGCUACUCCGGCCAGGUCAACCCCUUUGCGACCGCCGCCGCCACGCUCGGCGAGCGCAGCCGGCCCGUCUUCCCGGAGCUAGCCCCGAGAAGCAGCGGCACCGCGAAGGGUAAGGAGCGUGAGGCUAGCAUCGCGCAGCUACAGCGCCUCACCAUCACGCUCGACGACGAGACCAUGAAGGGCAAGGGCCUCGGCCUGAUCUCGUCGGCCACCAUGUCGCUGCUCUCGUGGGAUCUCCUCUCCGUGAUGCCGACGACGGAAGCCACCUUCUCGCUUGCGUGCCUCACGCUCACCGAGCUCAAGCCCAUGUCGAUUGACAUCAUCGCGCUCGACCUGUCGGCGUCGUCGCGUCUGCCGUUCCACCUGAAGCGCUCAACGGUCUCAAAUGCGCUCGAGAAUGGCGCUGUGUUCGAGAUCGCGUACACCGCGAUGCUCGACGACGAGGACGGGCGGCGGAGGCGCAACAUCGUGAGCGCGGGCCGGGACCUCAUCCGCAUCACCGGCGGCAAGGGCAUCAUCCUCAGUAGUGCGGCUUCCGAGCUGCUGGGCGUCCGCGGGCCGAACGAUGUGAUGAACCUCGCAUCUCUCUUCGGGCUCUCGCCUCAGGCGGCACGAGACUGCAUCACCUCGACGGCUCGCUCGCUUCUGAUUCGCGCCGAGACGCGCAAGACCUAUCGCGGCAUCCUCUCCAAGCCCGAGCUCGGCGCGAGCGCAAUACCCGGCAUCGACGUGCCGCUCGCUGCGCCCGUGCACAGUACAGGCGCACCGCCGGACCCGGCCACCGACAUGGCGCUGCCGAACGCGGGCAGCCGCAAGCGCAAGGAGGCGGACGACGUCGACGCGCGGCCGCGCAAGCUGUCCAAGGCAGAGAAACGUGCUCGCAAGGUCUCUGCAGGCUGAUGUGUAGCGCAACUGAUGAUUAAGCAC